CAAUAUGGAAGCAAAGUGAAACUUUUCCGCAAGGAAAAACUAUUUUUUGUUGAUUACCAGCCUUAUUUCGUAUUGUCAGUUUCUAUUCUUUUCAACACAUGUUCAGUUGUAACAAUUCAAUAUAUUUUUCAAUGAAUAAAUUCGCAUAUAUACCACAUUGUACCCACAAGUACACUAAAUUUGCUUCAAAAUUCGUCCAUAAAAAUAAAAUUGAUUGGCAUGCGGGUUGUAGAUGUAUGAGUAGUAAAAAUGUUAAUGAAGAGAGAUUUGGGGAUGAAGAAUUUGCAACUUUUAAACCAAGACGAGUUGUUAUAUUAUCACGUAUAACUAGAUAUGAGUUUGAAAAGAUGCGUCACAAGGAUUCAACUGAAGAGCAAUUCAAAAGCAAGAUGGAGAGAAAACGAUCAGACUACCAAACACUUCUGGAAAGACAUAAAACCCACUAUUCAUGUGUAAACAACAUAACCAGAAGCUUAGAAGCCCAUGGCAUAGAAACAAAAGUAGUAAACAGGCCAAAGUUUACAAAUGAGAUACUGGACUGGGCUGAUGUUGUUUUCACUGCAGGAGGGGACGGUACAUUCCUGGACGCUGCAUCCAAAAUACAUAGCAGAGAUAAACCUAUAAUAGGGGUCAACACAGACCCUAAAAGAUCUGAAGGACAACUGUGCUUGUCAAAAGAUAGAUAUUCAGCAGCCAACUUUGAGUCAGCUUUAGAGAGACUGCUUGCUGGUGAUUUCAGAUGGCAGUGGCGACAACGAAUACGCAUUACAUUGUCGGGUUAUCAUGCAAAUGAUGAUCCUAUAGAAUUAUCGGACCAGCAGCUCAAAUAUCUGGAACAUCGUUACACAGAGCAUGUGGCAGAAAAUGAGAUUUGCUCGCGACCGCUUCAUGUUAAAGGCUAUACUCAUACCAGAGUUUUACCUGUUAGAGCAUUGAAUGAGGUGUUUUUUGGAGAAUGUCUUUCAUCAAGAGUGUCCUACUAUGAACUGAGGGUAGAUGGUCAGCCUGGAAGUAAACAGAAAAGUUCUGGAGUCACUGUAUGUACGGGUACCGGGUCAACAUCCUGGCAUUUUCAUAUCAACAAAAUACCUACAGAAUCGGUCCGAGAUAUUCUAAAAAUGGCAAGCUCACAAGGUUCUGUGUCUUUUCCGACUGAUGAUGAGAAUUUUAUACAGUCUGUGACGGACAAGUUCAACAAUUCAUUAAUAUUUGACCCGAGUGAGUCCUAUAUGGGUUACACAGUUAGGGAUCCAGUCAAUAAUGGUGUCUUUGAAGUGCCAUCUUCUAGAGGAAAGGCAAAGAAGAUUCAAAUAUCAUCUCGGAUGUGGGAUGCCUGUCUCGUGCUAGAUGGCGGCUGUUCGUUCCGGUUUAAUGACGGUGCCAUAGCAACAUUGGAAAUGUUUGACGAAGAUGCUUUACGAACUGUUGAACUAGACUGAAACUUAGACUUUGUAUUUAACGAUGAAAGAUCAAAAAUGUUUUGUCGAGUAAAAAAAAAAAGUUAGGUUUGUACAUGGUACAUUUUGUACUUGAAAAAUUAGUUCCGUAUGUGGGAAAUUUUAUCUGUAUAAACCUGCUGUUUCAUAACAGUGCGGGUUACAAUGAUAUUUUAGCAAAACUGAAAGCCACAUUAUGAAGUAGUGCUCUUAGUUGUAAAGCAACUCUUGUGAUGUAAACAUGGCAUUUCAAACUUGUGAUAGCAUUAUAUUGUUUAUUUGUCAAAAUAAACAUGAUUUAUUUUUCAUGUAUACACCCAUUGCAUCUGCCAGUUGAAUUUUGUUGAUUUUGAAAAUAUUUUUUCUUAUUAUUAUUUCUUCUAUUUGACCUCAAACUUUACCAUGUGCCUAACACAGUCAAAAGUAAGUUCUGAUUGUUCUACUUCAGACAUAUCUCUCUCAGAUUAUUGUUAUGUGAAUUUCAUUUGGCUAUUUUUUGAAGAUUUAUCACAGAAAAAUUUGAUGAUCGCUUGCAUUUCUCUGAUAUUAUGUAAAUUCAUAAAAUAAGCCGCACCAUGAGAAAACCAACAUAGUGGCUUUGCGACCAGCAUGGAUCC